GUCGGUGUACAUUCUUAUUACAGUACUUGUCACAAAUGUAAGAAAUGUUAACAUUCAAGUUGGACAGUAAGUGAGAGUAUUUGCAGAGGAUCGGGGGACGUUUCAACCAAGAUCAUAUACGAACUUGAAUGUGUGAGGUUCAGAGUAUGCAAAGUAUCGACCGUUCAUUUCUUCAACUGUGUCAUCCUAAAAUCUUGAUUUCGACCAAAUCGAGGUGUAUGUCUUCCCUGACUGAGGCAGACUUGGCUUCGUUCAAGUUGUCAUGAUAUGGUGCCUGCCUUUAAGUGUACCUUGUGCCUGCCUCUACUUCAAACUUUAAUGGUUGCACGCCGACGUUGUGCUGUUUGCGGCUCUAAACAGUGGCACAAGGAACCCUCUAGUGGUUUCAUUGCCUGCAGUGAAGGACACAUCUUACAGAACUAUCGGAAUGAAACGAAUGAGGCUGAGGAUGUUGGUAACCAUAUGAUGAGAAAACGUACCCUCAAGUCGAACAGGAAGAAGAAGGAACGGCAAAGCAAAGCAAAUCCGAAAUUAUAUCAUGGGGCCCUUGGCCGUUACCUCUAUUUUCAAUGUCAGCAGCUAAUCCUACGAAAGCAAAUUUCCGCCUUAAUUACCUUGUGGAACUUGCCCAAGGAAUUUGAGAUGGUGUGCAAAGACUUAUGGGCUCUGCAUCUAAGCUUAUUGCAAGACCCUCCCCCAUCGGAACCGUUCUUCGAUGCUCGUCCAACACGUACUUUUACACCAAACUUGGCAAAGGGUAAAGUUCAACCAGAUGAUCAACCUUCCAACAUCCGAUCUAAGACCAAGUCCCGCCCACAUUCCACUGAAACAAGACCGAGUUCCCCUCUUCCGUCUGAUUCUCCUUCCUCCUCGUCUUCAGAACAAGAUGUUCCGGGCGACGCCAAAGAUUCGGAUGAUGAUGAUGAUCAAGAUAGCGGUGUCGGCGGUGUCGGUAAGAAACGGAGCGAAGAACAGGAGGAUUCAGAGGAUUCAGAGAUGGCUGAGCUUAUGCGGGAAAACUCUGAAUCGGAAGAUGAUGACGACAGUGAGCUGAAUGAUGCAGACAGCAAAGGUCAGAUGAGGGGAGAGGCUGGCGAAAAAAGACGCAAACGCGGGCAUAGUGCGCACGAGGGUCCAGUGAAUAAUCUUGCAGUGCUAGUAGUGGCGUGCUGGACGUUGCGUAUACCUAUGAUGUACAGCGACAUUAUUCGACACAUAACACUGUAUGACUUGCCCUACUUGGAUCCUGUUCGUCUGCUCCCUAUGGAGAUGGUCUCACAUCUCACUAAACAUAACAUACAAGCGCUUUCUCCUGCUCAUGCCCCAAAAACUUUGACAUUACAUGCACGUUCGUCACGUCUUGCGAAACAACUCUACAUCUCAUACAAAAUAUCAACACCUGAAGCGAACGCCGCUCCUUUACUGUGGCGUGUCAUACAAGGAAUGGGUGGAACGCCUACACUCUAUGCCAUGACCAAAAGUUUAUCGCAUAGGCUGUCUUUACCUAUGGUCUUACAUCAGUCCUUGGCACCUAGGAUGCAAAAUUUACAAGCGCGAGAUCCACAAACACACAAUCUGGAUAAUGCACCGGUUGAGGCCAGUCUAUUGGCUACUGUCAUCGUGGUGUUAAAGAUGGUCUACGGUCUGGACGGAAAGAGGAGAUCACCGAAAGAUAGUAAUGACCCAGCAUUCGCUCUACCAUGUAUUGAAGACUACCUGGCACUGGUGAGGCACAUGGGGGAUGUAGAUCCACGCAAAGAAGCUAUUUUCAAUUCCGAAAAGCCAAUAUUAAUGGACAGUGUCAAUGACGAAAUACUGGAUGAAUAUUUAACUUUCUGUGAACGGAUACUGCUUAGACCUGGCGAGGACGGAUUGCAAAAUCAGGAGCAGAUGCUGGCGAACUACUUUCCCUUGAAUCUGGGCCCUUCCAUUGUCAAAAAUUCCAUCACCAGGGAGUGUAGCCCAUCUCUGUCAGCUCCAUUCAGACGAGGUCCUCCCGUUCAAGGACCGAGUAACACAUUCAUGGUGCCCGGAGAAAAAUAUACAAUAUUUCAUUCCCGGGAUAUAUUUGGAAGUGUGCCGGAAGAGUAUGAGAUGUUGGUAAGAAGAGGUUCAAAUCUAGUGGGCAUUCCAGAGGAUUACAUAGAUAGUCUUGUAGAAAAGUACGAACGUAGAAAACUGUGGCAAAAACCAGAAAUUUAAUAAUAGAUAAUUCCGGUUUCGGCGUGUUUGAACCGGAUCGCUUUCC